AUGAGAAACGUUAGAACUUACAGACAUGAGAACCGUCAGAGCUUACACAGACAUGAGAACAGUCAGAGCUUACACAGACAUGAUCAUAACAGUCAGAACUUACAUAGACAUAAAAACAGUCAGAGCUUACAUAGACAUGAAAACAGUCAGAGUUUACAUAGACAUGAAAACAGUCAGAGCUUAAAGAGACAUGAAAACAGUCAGAGCUUACAGAGACAUGAAAACAGUCAGAACUUACAUAGACAUGAAAACAGUCAGAAUUUACAGAGACAUGAAAACAGUCAGAGCUUACACAGACAUAAGGUCCGUCAGAGCUUACACAGACAUGAUCAUAACAGUCAGAACUUACAUAGACAUGAACACAGUGAUAAACCCCAUAUCUGUGAUGAAUGUGGUAAAGGGUUUAGUCAGCGUGGUAAUUUACAACAUGACUGUGAUGUAUGUGGUAAAGGGUUUCGUCAGCAAUAUAAUUUACGAAUUCACAUGAGAAUACAUACAGAUGAUAAACCUUUUGACUGUGAUGUAUGUGGUGGUAAAUCUCAUGACUGUGAUGUGUGUGGUAAAGGGUUUAGUCAGAAUUGUGGUUUAAAGAGACACAUGAGAAUCCAUACAGGUGAAAAACCUUAUGACUGUGAUGUAUGUGGUAAACGAUUUAGUGUGCUUGGUCACUUACAAAGUCACAUGAGAACACAUACCGGUGACAAACCUUAUGACUGUUAUAGUUGUGUAAGAACUCUCAUACUGGAGAUAAACCUUAUUAACAUGAUUAAUAAGAUGUUAGAGGGAGGAGAGGAUUUAGUCGCAAUUAAUGGUACUCUACGUAGCUGUAUACAGAGACACAACUACACACAGACUGGUAAAACACUUCAUAAAUGUGAUGUUUGUGCUAGAGAAUUUAGUCAAAGUGGUGACUUAAAGAGACAUGUGAGAACACAUACUGGUGAAAACCCUCAUAAAUGUGAUGUUUGUUUUAGAAAAUUUUCUCGAGAUAUUGAAUUAAAGAGACAUAUGAGAACACAUACUGGUGAAAAACCUCAUAAAUGUGAUGCUUGUGGUAAACAUUUUUCUCUCAGUAGUCACUUAAAGGCACACAUGAGAAUACAUACUGGUGAAAAACCUCAUAAAUGUGAUGUCUGUGCUAGAGAAUUUACUCAAGAUAGUACCUUAAAGAGACAUAUGAGAACACAUACUGGAGAUAAACCUCAUCGCUGUGAUGUAUGUGGUAAAGAGUUUAGUCACCUUGGUAGUUUACAGAUUCACAUGAGAACACAUACAGGUGAUAAACCUUAUGACUGUGGUGAAUGUGGUAAGGGGUUUAGUCGUAUAAGUAAUUUACGGGAUCACAUGAGAACACAUACAGGUGAUAAACCUUAUAUAUGUGAUGUAUGUUGUAAAGGGUUUAGUCAGCAUAGUAAUUUACAGACUCACAUGGGAACACACACAGGUGAUAAACCUCAUAACUGUGGUGUAUGUGGUAAAGAUUUUAGAUUGCUUGGUCAUUUAAGAAGACACAAGAGAACACAUACAGGUGACAAACCUCAUGAAUGUGAUGUAUGUGGUAAAAGGUUCAGUGAGCAUUGUAAUUUGAAAAUUCAUAUGAGAACACAUACAGGCGAUAAACCUCAUGGGUGUGAUGUAUGUGGUAAACGGUUAACUCAGCUUGGUAGUUUACAAAUUCACAUGAGAACACAUACAGGCGGUAAACCUCAUUACUGAGUCUGUGGUGUAUCAUGUGUAUGUGGUAAAGGAUGUAGUCAGCUUGGUAAUUUACAGAGACACAUAAAAACACAUACAGAUGAUAAGCUGCAUGAUUGUCGUGUUUGCGGUAAUGUCAGUUAAACAAUAAACACGGUAAAGGGAUCAAGUCAAGUUUGUAAUUUACAUAGACUAGUGAAAAUUUGUAUAAAUAUAUUUUUUACCUUAUGCAUAUUACAAUGAGGGGUACUACUUGUACAAGUAAUUUUUAUUUACUUGAAGAAGUAAAAAAAAACAACACAUAUAAGUAAAUUAUAAUGUUUGAAUAAUCUCCCCUUAAUUUUCUCUAAAAUUCACUUGUUUAAGUAAAUUUUUCUUACAAUCCCACAAAAAUUCUAAAGUUUUGAGAUACAAAAUCAUGCCUAUGAUGAUUUUUCCCAGGUUAGCUCGUAAUUUUUGGUUGGAUAUGGAUCAGAAAUAUGGGGAUUCAGUACUUGUGAUGUUAUCGAAAAGGUUCAUCUAAAAUUUUGUAAGUUGCUUCUGAAUCUGAAAUCUUCUACUCCCAACUGUAUGAUAUACGGUGAGCUAGGACGUUUCCCACUUGCUAUUGUCAGAUGUAAAAUUAAGGAUGAUAUCCUACUGGUCUAAAUUGAUUAUGGGAAAGCAGUCAAAGUAUUCUUGUAUUAUAUAUAAACUACUGUACCACUUGUAUUGUACUAAAAACAUUGAUUUUAAAUGGUUAAUAUUUGUUAAAUGUAUAUUUGAUAAUGUGGAUUUUCUUAUAUCUGGAACACACAGCUCUUUUUAAAUGAUGUAUGGUUAAAAUAUAAUAUCAAAGCAAGAUUGUGUGAUCAUUUCAAACAAACAUGGAACAAGACUAUUCAAAACAUUAUGUAAAUUUAGAAUAUGUAACCAUAAACUUCCAGUCGAACUUGGAAGAUAAUACAAUAUAGAAAGGGAAAAUAGAAAGUGUAAUUUAUGUAAUAUAGAUAUUGGAGAUGAAUUUCAUUACAUUACUAAUUGCUCACAUUUUAAAGAAGAGAGAAAUAAAUUUAUAAAUCGAAAUUUUAGUAGAAGACCAAAUAUUAUACUAUUUUAAUACUGAAAUUAUGUCGUCUACAAAUAGGGCAGAUCUCAUAAAUUUAUUUAUGUUUAUGUGUUUAAUGUAUUGUAUAAUUACAUGUCUUCUCUGUACCUAUGUAUUUGGUGAUGAGAAAUAAAGAUAUAUAUAAUCAG